AUCUGGAGUCUCUGGAUUCUGACAGCUUUUCACCACGGGUUGGUGAUUUUUGUUGCGCCAAAUUUUCAGCAGACGGGAACUGGUACCGAGGUCUUGUCUUACAGGUGCGCUGCUCGGGAGACUCGAGCGAGAAUGGUUUAACAGUGGAAGUGUUCUAUAUUGAUUUUGGAAAUGUCGAAGAAGUGAAUGUUGGAGAUCUCAGAGAAUUAUUACCGCAAUUUAUGUCAAUACCAGCUCAAGUUGUCCGCUGUUCAUUGGCUGAUGUGAAUCCAAGCAUUAAACAAGAGUUAGAUUGCGAUGUUUUUUAUGAAGGUGAGUUUUCAAUGCUAUAUUAUAAAUUCGUUUGUAUAUUAAGGGCCCAGACACACCUAGUUUAAACUUUCCAAAUACUUAGAAGCGUUAUAACAUUUUGAGUUAUUUGGUCUACAUAUCUUUUAAAAUUUGCUCUCAUUGGCUGUUUUAUUAACUUUCAAAAACUAAAAAAUCGCGUCACGUUGUCGAAUCGCGUCCGGUGUGUCUGUACCUUAAAUUGCAUAUUAAACCACUUAUUAAUAUCGUUAUGGUUGAACCACUCUCUGCCAACAAGCCGUCAAUAAGUUGUGUUCGCACAGCUUGUCCCAAUUUGUCAACAAGUUUGCAACAACUUGUUAACAGUUGUAACGAGCUUGUUGAUAUUAUCAGACUUGUUGCAAGGUUGUUCCAACAAGUCCGAUACAGUCAUGAUAUAACAAUAUUGUAUAUAAGUUGUCAACAGCUUGUAAGAAGCUUGUUGAUAUUAUCAGACUUGUUGCAAGGUUGUUCCAACAAGUCCGAUACAGUCAUGAUAUAACAAUAUUGUAUAUAAGUUGUCAACAGCUUGUAAGAAGCUUGUUGAUAUUAUCAGACUUGUAGCAAGGUUGUUCCAACAAGUCCGAUACAGUCAUGAUAUAACAAUAUUGUUACAACCUUGUGUCGUCAACCUUGUAAUAUACUUACUUAAUAUAGUCCUACACUCGUAAAAACGCACAAGUUGUAACAAAUGCCCAGCAGACUUGUAGCAAUGCUGUUCCAACAACUUGUCAACAGGAUGUGUUCGCACUGCUUGUUCCCAGCUUGUUGACAACUUGCUACAAGAUUAUUGAGCUCAAUUACAGACUUGUUACAAGUUGUCCCAACAACUUGUUAUUAUCGUCUUGCAAUUCAACAAUUUGUCAACAAGUUGUGAGUGACAACCUUGUAGCAACUUGAUAAAAUAACAGCAUUGUUACUACUUGUUGACAAGCUUGCUAUAAGCCUGUUGCGAACGCAUCUUGUUGACAAGUUGUGCGAUUUUUACAUGUGUACUUUUGAAAGCAAUGUAUGAACAUAUGGUUAUUCUUAGAUUUGACGUCAGAAGAUGACAGCAAAAGCAGGUUGUCAAGGCAACGGCCACGUAGGAACAAAACAGCAGCACAUACGAAAGCGAUAGUUAUAGCGGCCGGAGACGAAGAUUCCGAGGACGAAAUACCCAACGGAGAUAUGGACCUUUUGGGACUACUCCCCGAUAUUGAAAAACACGAUCACAGAGAUCGGUUACGUUCGUCGAUUUCCGAUGACAUCGCGAAGAGCCACCAAGAACAGUCGUUAUUUUCCGACACCGCGGUAGAACUUUUUGAAAAAAUUUGGUCGGGCGUCGAAGAGAUCAGCCUGAUACCAAGCUGGUCCGAAAAUGCCACAGAAUAUUUUAAAACACUGACUCUAAAUGCUCAAAAAUUGAUCGGUUAUGUUGUUCCGUGGGAUUCCGCGAUGUUAAAUAACAUUGUGAAUUAUUCGCAAGGCGGAGAGUGCAGCUUGCCCAACCUGGGACCUGUAUUGAGGCUGAAUCUUUAUGAUGUUAGUGGCGAUAAUGAUGUAUUUAUUAAUGCAGCUAUGGUCAGAGCCAAGUAUGCUUCGUCUAAUUCGAUCAAAGAUGAGCAAGUUG